UUUGUUGGUCCACACUCCAUGGUAUUAUUGAGUGGUGAAAAAGAAGUUACUGUAUUUAAAACCCCGCAUUCUAUGUGUAUUGUCUAAAAUGUCCAAAAGGCGAAUCGAAGUCAUGGACCCCUUCAUUAAAAAGAAAAGAGAGGAAAAGGCGGCUGCAGCAGCCGCUAAAGGGGAGAAGGGGGAGAGUUCAGACAGUGGGGCUACACUGGGCUCUGCCAUGCCGCCUACUGCCACCAGCACGCCGGGAGUCAAUCCGCUUACAGGUCUCCCGCACUCGCAGCGCUAUCACGAGCUCCUUCGGCGCCGCCUCGGCCUCCCCGUGUGGGAGUACAAGAACGACUUCAUGAGACUCCUCAACACGCACCAGUGCGUUGUGCUCGUCGGCGAAACCGGCUCCGGCAAGACCACACAAAUACCACAGUGGAGCGUUGAGUUCGCUGCUGUCACCGCUGGAAAAUCCAAAGGUGUCGCUUGCACCCAACCGAGGAGAGUAGCCGCUAUGUCUGUAGCCCAGCGAGUCGCUGAGGAAAUGGAUGUGGUUCUCGGCCAGCAAGUCGGUUACAGCAUCCGUUUCGAAGACUGCUCCGGACCACACACCUUACUCAAAUACAUGACAGACGGUAUGUUGCUACGAGAAGCCAUGUCUGACCCUAUGUUAGAUCAAUACAGAGUGAUUCUUCUUGACGAAGCUCACGAAAGGACGCUGGCUACAGAUAUAUUGAUGGGUGUGCUGAAAGAAGUUAUCAAGCAGCGCACAGAUUUGAAGCUAGUUAUCAUGUCAGCCACAUUAGACGCUGGUAAAUUCCAGCAGUACUUCGACAAUGCUCCGCUCAUGAACGUACCAGGUCGUACUCAUCCUGUAGAGAUAUUCUACACACCGCAGCCUGAACGAGACUAUCUAGAAGCAGCUAUUCGUACUGUAGUCCAAAUUCAUAUAUGCGAAGAGAUCGCUGGCGAUAUACUUCUAUUCCUAACUGGUCAAGAAGAAAUAGAAGACGCUUGUAAGCGAAUUAAAAGAGAAAUAGACAAUUUAGGACCAGAUGCGGGCGAGUUAAAAUGUAUACCGCUAUAUUCAACGUUGCCACCGAAUCUGCAGCAGAGAAUCUUUGAACCAGCGCCUCCGAACAGGUCAAAUGGAGCGAUAGGACGGAAGGUGGUUGUGUCGACCAAUAUUGCUGAGACUUCGCUGACCAUUGAUGGAGUGGUGUUCGUGAUUGAUCCAGGAUUUGCGAAACAGAAGGUGUAUAAUCCUCGCAUCAGAGUGGAGUCACUAUUGGUGUCUCCAAUUAGUAAGGCGUCGGCCCAGCAGCGCGCCGGCCGCGCGGGCCGCACCCGGCCCGGCAAGUGCUUCCGGCUCUACACGGAGAAGGCCUACAAGAACGAGAUGCAGGACAACACCUACCCCGAGAUCUUGAGAUCGAACUUAGGGUCUGUAGUUUUGCAGUUGAAGAAGCUGGGCAUUGACGACCUGGUGCAUUUUGACUUCAUGGACCCGCCGGCCCCGGAGACCCUUAUGAGAGCGUUGGAGUUACUCAACUAUCUGGCCGCUUUAGAUGACGACGGCAACCUGACAGACCUCGGCGCGGUGAUGGCGGAAUUCCCUCUGGACCCCCAGCUGGCCAAGAUGCUGAUCGCGAGCUGCAAUCACAACUGCUCCAACGAGAUCCUCUCCAUCACAGCCAUGCUGUCUGUGCCCCAAUGCUUCGUGAGGCCGAACGAGGCGCGGAAGGCCGCCGACGAGGCCAAGAUGCGCUUCGCACACAUCGACGGCGACCACCUUACGCUCCUCAACGUCUACCACGCCUUCAAGCAGAACAUGGAAGACCCUCACUGGUGCUAUGACAACUUCAUCAACUACCGCUCGCUGAAAUCAGGAGACAACGUGCGACAACAGCUCUCCAGGAUUAUGGAUAGGUUUAAUUUGAAGAGGACAAGCACAGAGUUCACAAGCAAAGACUACUACAUUAACAUAAGGAAAGCGCUGGUCAAUGGAUUCUUCAUGCAGGUGGCGCACUUAGAGCGCACGGGGCACUACCUCACCGUGAAGGACAACCAGAUUGUCCAACUACACCCCUCCACGUGCCUCGACCACAAGCCCGACUGGGUCAUCUACAACGAGUUCGUGCUCACCACCAAGAACUACAUCAGAACUGUCACCGACAUCAAACCCGAAUGGCUCCUAAAGAUAGCCCCGCAGUACUAUGAGCUAAACAAUUUCCCCGUCUGCGAAGCCCGAAGGCAGCUAGAACUGCUGCAAGCGCGGUUGGACUCCAAACCCUACCAAGAAGGGUUCUAGGCUAAGCUUGACCUAGCUAUAAUCUAGACCUUAACACACUGACACUGCGAGUGGCCCAGAUGCCUUUGAGAUACAAAAAAUAAGUUUAGUUCUAAAAAUCUAUUAACAUUUGACCGUAUUUCUAGAAUGCGACCAACA